AACGAGAGCGCGAGGUGAUGCAACGAGAGCGUGAUGCGUUGCAGCUCCGUAUGCAGGCGCAGAUCGCUGCUAUUGAGGAGCGCAAAAGCUUGCGUAAUAGAAGCAGCAGUAAACUCUCAAGCAGACUGUCAAAUAAGGAUGUGCAUAAUUGUUACUUGCUGAAGCAAUUACUUCAUUAGCUGGCAACAGCAAAUCUAAGCCUAAGUUUGGAGAUGGACGUCUACCUGUAUUCGACGGAAAUCCACUGGACUGGUUAGCAUUCAAACGCGUUUUUCAAGAAACUAUGUCACUUUAUUCGUCGGCUGACAAUUUACUACGUCUCAGUAUGGCUCUUCGAGGAGCCGCACAUGAAGCAGUGGCAGUACUUCUUGUUACUGCGCGAGACCCUACCGAAGUCGUGCAGGCUUUGGACCGCAGGUUUGGUAGACCUGAACUAAUUGUUAUACAGGAAACAGCUACAAUUCGAGCUUUACCGCGGAUUAAUAAUGACAGUGCCGAUUUGAACAAGUUCGCCUGCCGAGUUUGUAAUUGUGUAGAGGUCAUUAAGCUGCUUAAUCAGAAACCUUAUCUAGAGUCACCGGAACUCUAUCAGUGUAUCCUGAGUAAAUUAUCACCUUUAUUACGAAAUCGAUGGGCUGAUUUUGGAUACGCAAACUACAUUCACAAUAGCGGUAUUACGAAGUUAGAACUCCUAUCUCGUUUCCUUUCACGGGAGGUAGACCUUCAGCUCCAGUUUGGUGUAAUAACAGACAGUUCGAUUUCCUUCAAAAAGGUAGAGAAAAUCCAUGCUUCGAGCUUAAAUGACAUUCCAGUAAUUGCUCACGAAUUUAAAAAAUCUACGAAUUUAUCAAAUAAUUCAGAAAUCGUAAAUAAAUUAUGUCCAUAUUGCGGUAAUAAUCAUACAUUGAGUUGUUGUGACAUUUUUAAUACUUUGUCAAUUAAUGACAGAUGGCAGUUUGUCACGGACAAAAAGCUCUGCCAUAAAUGCCUGAAAAAAGGUUCGCACAAUUAUAAAAAUUGCAAGAUGUCAAAGGAGGUUUGCAAAGUUAAGAGUUGCAUGUUCAAACAUCACAGACUUUUACACGAUCCGACCGCUUUGGUAACUCAUGUUAGUGAAAACGAUGAGGAUAUCGAACCUGGUACUUCGGGUGCGAGCCACUCACAGAUAGAAAAGCCUUCCGAAGUUUUGCAUAAAGAUUUUUCUGACAUCGUAGCCCACAAUACUAGUUCUUUUACCGCCCCGCAAACUAGUUUACGCCCACUGUUGAAAAUGAUAGCCGUUACCGUAGCGGGUCCACUCGGUACUGUGGACACUUAUGCGCUACUUGAUGACGGGUCAACGGCUACUUUUAUCGACGCUGAUCUCGCAUCAAAAAUAGGAGCAAAGGGACCAGUUUCUAAAAUUAAAAUAAAUUGCAUAGGUGGUCUUUCUAAAGACACCUUAGUUGAAUAUAUUGAUUUUAAUGUUAAAGGUCGUCAUAGUAGUGUUGUACACGCUGUCAAAAACGCACGAUGUGUAACGUCAUUACAGUUAGGACGUCAGACAGUUUGUUUCGACAAAAUUUCUAAAUUUUCUCAUCUGACAGACAUUGCUCCGAUAUUAUGUUAUGAGAAUGUUCAGCCUAAGUUAAUUAUAGGAAUUGAUCAUUGGGAACUCGCAUAUCCCCUAGCUGUUAAGAAAGGCUCUAAAUCAGAACCGGUUGCUAUUAAAACAGCCCUUGGUUGGGUUCUUUUUGGUUGUAAUAGUAGCCGAACGAAGCCAGUUGAAUUCAUAAAUCAUUCGUUAGUCUCUGAUUUAUGUAACAAUGAGAACGAUAAUAAUUUAGAGGAGCUAAUCAAACAUCAAUAUAGUCUGGAUUCGAUAGGAAUCACUAAACGUGCGCCACGUAGUGCAGACGAUGAACGAGCUAUUAGCAUUUUAGAACGUACGGCUAAUCGCCUGCCUGACGGCAGAUUUGAAGUCGGUCUCUUGUGGAAAUCUAACAAUACUGUUGCGCCUAAUAGUUAUGCUCUAGCUCUUUCACGUUUCCUUGGCCUUGAGAAGAAAAUGAUGAAAGAUCCAGCUUAUGCCGAGCGUUAUAAACAAAAUAUCCACGACACACUGGCCAAAGGUUAUGCAGAAAAGUGCAGUCAGGAACCACCUUUGGACUCAGUUUGUUGGUAUUUGCCACAUUUUGGCGUGACAAAUCCCAACAAACCAAACAAACUGCGUGUUGUUCAUGACGCUGCGGCCAAGAGCAACGGCGUUAGCCUUAAUAAUUUAUUGCUUACUGGACCUGAUUUGUUACAACCUCUUUUUGAUAUUUUACUUCGAUUCCGGGAAGGAAGAGUAGCUAUGACAGCGGAUAUCAAAGAGAUGUUCCCUAGAUUCAAAAUUAUCGAGCACGAUAGGGACGCGCAACGUUUUUUAUGGAGAGAUAGCCCCAAGGACCCUUUAGGUGUUUAUAGAAUGUCCUCUAUGAUCUUUGGCGCUGUGUCUAGUCCUUUUACGGCAAUGUACAUGAAAAAUAAAAAUGCCCUCGAAUUUAAAGAGGAGUUCCCCGAAGCAGCACAUGCCAUAAUUAGUGACGUUUACAUGGAUGACUAUAUCGGAUCUGUCGAGUCAGCGGAUAUUGCCGCAGAGCUUGCAUCCGACAUAGUCAAAAUACAUGCACGUGCUGGUUUGGAGAUGAGAGGCUGGGUGUCAAAUGACCCUACUGCUCUUAAAUUGUUACCUCGUGAGCUCGUAGAGGAGCGAUUUAAAGAUAAAAACAUUUGCUAUAGCGAAUACUCUUCGCCUUUUUUAUCGCCCCCUGUUCGAGCACUUGGUUUGAUUUGGCAACCGAUUACGGACACCAUUAGUUUUAACACACCCGCUAAAAAUAACGAUCAGGCUUCACCAGAUCGACUAACUAAGAGAAAAGUUUUAUCGUUAUUAAUGCGCGUGUUCGAUCCCCUGGGCAUUCUGGCUCCUGUUGUCAUUCGUGGGCGUAUCAUGUUCCAGAAUGUUUGGCGGAUGAACCUUAACUGGGACGCAGUGCUUCCACAACCGGAAGUAGCAGCGUGGAAUGAAUGGUUCAAAGAUUUAAUAAUUACUUCACAACUGCAAAUUCCACGCUGUUAUAAUAUGCAGCUAAUAGAUCCUGUAGCCAUUGAGUUGCAUCUGUUCGCAGACGCCAGUGAACAGGCUUAUACAGCAGUUGCAUACUAUCGUUUUUUAUACCCAAGCGGACAUAUACAACUCUCACUAGUGUCUAGUAGAUCACGUGUAGCUCCUCUAAAGCCGUCUAGUAUUCCUAGGCUAGAGCUUCAGGCGGCUUUAAUAGCGGCUCGUUUAGCUAGUACUAUAGUAGAGGGCACUAGGUAUAAAUUUACAAGACGCUUAUUCUGGUGUGAUUCUAUGAACGUCUUGGGUUGGCUCCGCAAUGACGCUCGCUGCUACAAACCAUUCGUAGCUCAUAGGAUCGGUGAGAUCAUCGAACUUACCAAUGUCUGUGAAUGGCGAUGGGUUCCUACACAUCUUAAUGUUGCUGAUGACGCAACGCGCCUCAAGCGGGGAGCCCUUGAUAAGGAUUCGCGCUGGGUCAAAGGUCCAGAAUUUUUAUUGACUUCCGAUUGGCCUAUUGAGCCAGCGAUAGUCCGUCCCAUCUUAGAAAGUAAGCCUACUCCAAAAGUUUAUAUUCAUCUCACUGUAGAAGAAAAUUGUCCCGUUCCACUUACCGCAGACUCAUCACGCUUCAGUUCUUGGACCCGUUUACUCCGUUCUACGGCCCAAGCUCAUCGCUUUUUAUUCUUGUUGCGCAUUAGAGCUUUGAAAAAGAGAGGUUUGUGCGUAGACUAUUCAUGUAGAGUAAGCAAAUCCUUUUUCGACUUCGUUCCAUUUCCAUCGACACCAACUUCACGGAAUCAGUGCGAUCAGAGCACUCUGACAGCAGAUGGCCUCAGAUUUGCUGAAAUACAUAUUCUCCGUCAAAGUCAGAUUGAUUCAUUUCCUGAAGACCUAAGAAAUAUUAGAAAUGGGCAGACCUCUGCACCUCGAAGUCGCCUUUCAAAAUUACCUUGUUCUUACGAUGAAGAUCACUUACUCCGCUUAUCCUCGCGAAUUGUGGCAGCCUUCGGUGUAAGUGAAGAAAUGAAGUCUCCCAUAAUGUUGGAUGGUAACCAUCACGCUGUCCGCCUUCUUGUAUUACAUUACCAUCGGAAGACGGCCCAUGCAAAUAAUGAGACAGUCAUCAAUGAGCUACGACAAUUAUACUGGAUCCUGAGCCUCAGAAACACUGUCCGAGCCGUAGCACGCGCAUGCCAGUCCUGCCGAAUACGUCGGGCUUCAGCUUUCCGACCUGUCAUGGGAAAUUUACCUCCAGCAAGGUUGGCCCACCACAAACGACCUUUUUCCUUCGUGGGGUUAGAUUAUUUUGGCCCUAUUACGAUUUCUAUCGGCCGAAGACGCGAGAAGAGGUAUGUGGCUCUAUACACUUGCCUCACUGUUCGAGCCAUACAUUUAGAAAUAGUGCAUUCCCUGUCUACAGAUGCUGCUAUUAUGUCUCUCAGAAGGUUUAUUGCGCGUCGUGGAACUCCGUCUGAAAUUUACUCCGAUAACGGUACUGCUUUCAUCGGAGCAAAUAGGCAACUGAAACAACUUUACGGCCAAGCGGUUUCCGAUUACGCAACAUCUGAAAUAAUUCGCUGGAAAUUUAUACCCCCUUCAGCACCCUUUAUGGGAGGAGCUUGGGAGAGGCUGAUCAAAUCAGUAAAGACAGCAUUGAAAAUUUCCCUUGGUGACAGAACUCCAUCUGAUGAGGUGCUUUCCACUCUUUUGUGUGAAGUAGAGGCGAUCGUGAAUUCUCGCCCUUUAACCCACGUUCCUACGAACCCUAAUGAUCAAGAAGCCCUCACACCUCUUCACUUUAUCCUGGGUUCAUCAUCCGGAAGACCAUUUCCUGCAUCACUACAGCCAUCAGAUCUCUGCAGCAGGCAAGGCUGGCGCAGAACCUUGGCAAUGGCCGACAUAUUCUGGCAACGGUGGAUUAAAGAAUAUUUGCCAACUCUUUGUCCGAGGCGAGUUCCAGGAAAUGUACCAACUCUUAAAGUCGGCGACGUGGUUAUCAUCGCCGAUGGUACCUUACCGAGGUCAUCGUGGCCAAGAGGUCGGAUCUCAGCCGUUUACCCAGGGAAGGAUGGUGUAAUUCGGGUAGCAGACGUCUCCACUCCAUCAGGAAUCCUGCGAAGGCCUCUUAAGAAGCUGAUCGCAUCCAAUUUAAAAAGAAAGGGGACCAUGUGCCGGAUAGCGCACCUUUUAUAUCACUAUGUUUUGUCUAUGAGUUUUUGAUACUUUUU